AAAGGAACAAGGUGAAAGGCAUGGCGGAGGAUUAUCCGAACGAUUCGCGAAAACAUGGCUUCAAUUCAAACUCCUAGCCAUCAAACCCGACUAGAAAUCAGUCCCAGUGAUACCAAUAAGUUAAGCUUUCAUACAGAUACCACAUCUACGAGCCAUGAUAAACAAGCGGAUCAAAUUCCUAUGAAAAGUUCGAGUCCUGAUAACCCAGUGUUUACAUCGUCCGCAUCAUUUUCUGUGCAAAAUAAGACCUCCGUACCCUCCAUCCCAACUACAUCUGUAGCGGUUGUACCACCUGCUGUGGUUGCGUCCAUCAUAGAACAGGGAUUCCCUGCUCUGGCCAAAACCACAAAACCGAUUCCUGCAAGUGUAUUUUCCUAUCGGUUUGCCUCCCCAACAAACAACAAAACUCCAUAUUACAUUUCAUCUGAUAUUGUGCUAAGUGGGGGAAUAGCACAGCAGACACGGAGAAGAAUUGUUCACAAUGAAGUUGAAAGAAGAAGGAAGGACAAGAUCAAUAACUGGAUCACAAAGCUGGCAGAGGUUGUUCCUGAUUGUGCUAGAGGAAAACAGAGCAAAAACAUUGUGCUAGAGAAGUCUGUGGAGUACCUGAAAGAUGUGAAUAAAAAGCUUGCUCAGUUUGACCAAAUUCAGCAAAACAGAGAUCAGCUAGCUACUGAUAACCAAGUAAUGAAGGAUCAGUUAAAGACACUUCAACAACAGAACAACGAACUGUGCCAGUUGUUACAAGCACAUGAGAUAAAAAUCCCAGAUAACCUGAACCUCCUUUCCCAACCAUUCCAGCCACAUACCAAUAAUGAUGAAAAACAAACAUCAGAAAGCAUUGUAAUACAUUCUGGAGCUUCAGCUUCAGUUUCAGUGCCAACAGAGAACACCAACGUUACUUGGUCAUUAGCCAGCCGUGUUUCCGUCACAACUGCUCCACACUCAUCUGUGUUGACAGGUGAACAAGAUGAUUCUAAGGAGACAAUUGGAUCUGCACUCCAACAGACUGAUAAUCAAAAUGUUACUAUAACAACAAGUAACAAUGAGUCACCUAUUGUCAUGCCAACAAGUACAGCUCAGAACCAAACCCAGGAAGAGAAUACUUCAUUCAUUGGACCGGCAUCUGUAAUGGAUCAGCAACAAGGUGUUUCCUUAGAAGGCAGUCGCCCUGUUAACAUGAUUACUUGUUUGCCUGUUGUUGGGGAUUCUAUAUCUGGGAAUAGUCAGGCAGUGGUUGCGGGGGCACCAGGCAGUCUGAAUCAAACGCAGUCCAUGUUCUCGCUGCACACUGUUUCAUCUAUCAUGCAGUCUCCUAACCUAGGGAUGCAGGUGUCUUUGGUGCCAAACACCUCAGUCUCAAAUAAUUCUGUUGUUCCAGUCAAUCUCACUCUUCCAGCGAUACAAACAACUGUUAGUCCUGUAUUACCACAAGGCUUAAUCAAUGUCGCUGCUCCAGGCUCAACAGCAGUCAUCCCUAGUGCAAAAGUUAAUCAAACAAGCUUGGUCAAGUCUGUGGCAACUCCAACUUCUUCGGGAAGCAACCAGUUUGUGUCUGCAACUGUUAUUAAUGCAGGUCUUGUUUCAAGGGUACCAGGAAACAAUGUAGUACCAUUAUCGUCAAUUCCUGCACGUACACAAGGGGCUGCAACUACUAAUGUGCCAUGCGGGGGUGUGCUUCCGUCCGGAAUUGUGUCUGGCCCACUGCAAAACCCGGGUCCUACAGUCAUGACAAAAUUAGUGCAAGAUAGAAACUAUGUGCUGACCAGUCGUCCUCAACAAACCACUAUGACUAUCAACACAAAUCAGUUAUCUGGUUUACUUGGUAACCCUGUUGGUCCUUUAUCAGGUAAUCCUGGCAUUACUACGCUCGGUCCCACACAAGGGCACAGAAUUGUUGCGGUGAAUAUUCCUCAACUUCAAGGGACCAACAAUUCUGGAAAGAGUACUUCUGUGGCACCAACAAUAGUUGCACUCACCAAUCCUGGGAUACAGACAGGGAGUACUGGUAACAAAAGUUUCGCUGUUAAUGUUCAAACACAAGGCACCAUGAACACCAAUUCACUGCCUGUAAUAAACAAAAGUUUCGCUGUCAACGUUCCCGGCCAAACACAGGCAAACAUCAAUUCGCUGACUGCACUGAACAUGGGCUUUGCUGUCAAUGUACCUGUUCAAACACCAGGAGUUGUUAAUACCAAUCCACUUACUGGAAUAAAUAAAAGUUUUGCUGUCAAUAUUCCUGUCCAAACACAAGGCAGCAUUGCUACCAAUUUACUAACUGGAAUAAACAGGAGCUUUGCUGUGAAAAUACCUGUACAAGCACCGCUCCUGUUGACAAGCCCCACCACAGUACAAGGUCUUGUGACUGUAAAUAUUCCAACCAAUCAUAACGUAGGUACAGUACAACAAAAGACGACACCGAGUGUCAUACCAAUUAACACUCAGACGUCUGGAAACCAGAUCUCUAUUCUCCCUGGAAACUACUCAAGCACGACUGCAACGGUUGGACUCACGCCUUCGCCACAUACUGCAUUUGUCAUCGUGAGGAGUACACAGCCUUCACAAAUUCAGCCGCAGAGUUCUCCUAGCAGUAGUGCAAGUGCAUCCUCUCAGGCAAGCCAGCCUAUUUUGGUCCAGGGUAACACUGGAACGCGGUUAACCACAUCUGUGCAGCAGAAUGCCUCAUAUAUAAGCCAAAACGUUGUAUUUCCGUUGCAAAAAGGUGUUAAUGGCAUCCCAAAUGUUCUAGGUAAUACAUUCACGACCGCUCAGCCAACUGCUUUGACGAGAGUAAGUUUGACACCCAUUGUAAAUGUUGCUGGAGGAAAUGUUUCAACGCGUAAACCGAGAACGAAGCCAGGAAAACGCAGCCAAGCAUCGGAUAGCGGAACAUUGGAACCGCUUGCUAAAAUUACAAAGGCUUCCUCCACAAAACGGAAUACUGGCAAGAGAAAACCUGAUACCAAAAAGAACAACCGGUCUAAACCAAGAGAGAAGGCAGCAACGCCUGUAGCUACAAUGGCACAACCAACAUGUGCGCCGAAUGACGGAGUGUCUACGAGACCGAGGCAUGCCCAGCUAUCGUCAAACAACAACUCAAGCCAGCAGGACGACGUGCUUAGUAACUUUAACAUCAGUAAUCUCAUACCAUGUAUUACCUCACAAUCAUCUGCCCCGACACAAAAACAGGUCGCUACACAUUUGAACUCGGUGGCCACUCAUCCUGCGAGCAAAAGCUCGACCGCCUCCAACAGAAGUCUUGGACCAGUGACCACCACGCGCCUGUCACAUAGUAUUGAGUCGCUGACUGGAAAGCAAGGAUUACAGCAGGCGCAGAUAAGGGAGGCUAUGAAUCACCAACAAUCCAAUGCGUCCAAUGUGUUGAGUUUUUCCGCAGAGUCCCUGUUUACCACAGGCGAUGAUUUCCUUCACAACAUCCCACCCAUCAGCACCUCUUUAUCGAAUCAAAGUCUGAAUAACUCGUUCAGCAUCCCGAGUUUUCAGGACACCGUCGAUACUUCGUCUCAUCAGGGGACCUCCAACUUCUCAGCUGAAGCUCUGAUUGGCUCAGAUUUAAUGCUGUCAAGCGAAAGUUCAGCCAAUCAGAGUUCGUGUAGUCAAUCCAAUCAGAGCAGUAAGCCAGCUCGAACUCAGAUGUUUUCGGAUUUUUCAGCGGAAUCUUUGAUCAAUUCGACCGACUUAGGAUCUGGGCUAUCUUACGCUAUUGAUAACUUGAUGGCUCGAUCAGACUCUGGCUACAACACGAGCGCGAUGGUCACAGUCAACCCGAACUUGAUACACAACGUGCCGACAAAUAAUUCCCAAGAGGGGGUGGGAGCGCUGCGUGGACUUCAGGGAGCAACCGCUGACACGUCAGACCAGAGGAAUCCCGCAAACAUGGAGUGUUCUUCGUCGUAUUUGGGAAUGACUACUCAGUCUUCCUACACAGCAUUCUCCUUCAACCAAAAACAACAGAAGGAACCCUAUGCGUAUAAACCGAACGGCUCUGUUGUUUACAGUGGACGGUCGAGCUCCUCCUCAACCUCCCCCACGUAUCUCAAGCACUCAGUAGACAGUAUUACCUCGUCAUUCUAUGGCGCCAUGUCCUCGGCCCCUGCAGGACUGGUGGGGACACCCCACAACAACGCUGCCCCCGUGGCACCCUACACGGGACUGUACAGUGACCAGUUAAACGGCCAGCAACCUAAUGGGAAUAAUAUUUUCAUUGCUAAUGGACACAAUAGGAGCUUCCAUGGCUCAACUAUGGGUAGUUAUGCCUAGCAAUGAGAAGGCGUCGUUUAACUGUGUAAAGCAGAUCCCCUUGUUAAUAGCGACAGCAUCUCUGCACUUUUAUUAAAGUAAUUUUUUUAACUCCUGUUUGAGUCAAAUGACUCUGUUUUAAAGUUUCAUAAUUUAUCUGGUUGGUCCAGACUGUCGCUAUGUCUCGAUCGGACGUAUGAGCUUUAUAAUAUACACGAGAGGUGUAGGAGUGAUAGAACGUUGACUGUUUGUAAGGAAGCGGAGAUUACAACCAUGAUAAAGAAAAAUUGUUGGCAAAAACAAACAAACAGCUAACUUGAACAAAUUGAUAAAAAUUUACAAAAAUAUCGUUUUGCUUGAUAACGCACACUUAGUUAAGCAGGAAGAGCAUAUCUUGCGCUCAACCAGCCGACCUUGUUUUAUUAGAUUUUCCCAAAAAAACAAAUACAUAUUUGUAUCAUCAGAACAGGUUGCAAGCGCAAGAAAACGAGUAGCGUUCUGUUGUGCUCGCGUUUCGAUGGUUCAUCAUGUCCAUUUCCGGUGCCUACCUGGAACUUAAGCUAACUAACUAAGCAUCGACUUGUUUAUGAAUGGAAUUGCUUUGGUUUUUUUAAGAUAACAUUAGAAAAUUAGUAUUUAUUAUUAGAUAGCAUGAAGGGGGUAUUUUAUUGUUUAAAAAAAUAUGUUUAAAUGUAUAGUAAUUGGUUCAGCACUUUUACUGCUCUAGUUCUUUGUACAAUACAAAUUAAAAAUAUCUAAUGUAAAAGAAUCCAUAUAUUAUGUUCUUCUUUUAAGGAUAAAAAUCCCUGUAUUGUG